AGCCAUUCCGCCCGCCAUGGCCGACGAACAGCCAACAUACCAUCCUCGGGACGCCCUCCACAACACAGGCAAUGCGGUGCUUCAGACCACCCUCGUUGGUGCCGUCCUCGCCGGUGUGCAGAACACACUCCGCAAGCAGAAUGUUGGAGCCAUGGGUAUCCUCACACGGUCGGGAGGCAUAAUUGCUCUUUUCGCCGGUGCUGGAGGCGCAUAUCAAUUCACACUCGACGCGACCGCCAACCUGCAACAGAAGGACGACUGCUACAACGAGUUUUAUGCUGGCUUUGCCGCUGGUGCAACUGCUGGAGUCUUCAAGCGAAGCCUGCCGUUCAUGCUCGGUGCCGGUGCCGUGUUUGGAACCGGCAUGGCAGCUUUCAGAUACACCGCCGGUCUGCGCGGUACAACAUCUGGCGAGGUCGACGAGGAGGAGAUUGAGCGAAGGGAGGCCAUGAGAAAGCUUCGUCGACGACCAUUGUCGGAAACUCUCGAGCAGUUAGGCGAGGGUCGCGGUAUCUACGGUCCCGGAUACGAGGAGAGGAGGCGACAGAGGCUUAUGGACAAGUACGGAAUCGAUGUAAAGGCAGCGCAGGCCUAGACGCAACAUGCAGUUUCCUUGGAGUUCACAACAGAAGUAGACAUCGAGUCUCAGGAAUCGGACACUUCGCACCACUUGUACAUACCAUUUGUUCCUACAAGCUCGAAAAUGGCAAACAAUUAUCAGGU